AUGGCCUAUAACAACAGCACCGGUGGCAUACCACCACAGUUUGGAAAUUCAACUCAACUACAAAGGCUGGAUCUUUCUUUUAAUCAUUUGACUGGUGAGAUUCCAAAGGAGUUUGGGAAGAUGAAUAGUAUGUUGAAAUUGUCCUUGGCUGAUAACCACCUUUCAGGAAUUAUACCUCUAGAGAUUGGAUCUUGUGAACUCCUUGAAGUACUCGAUCUAUCCACAAAUAGAUUGAAUUGGUCAAUACCAAAAAGUAGUAGCCAAUGGGAACAUAUCCACUACUUGAAUCUUAGUAAUAACAUGCUGAAUGAGAAAAUUCCAUCGGAGAUUGGUAAAGUAGUUCAACUUACGGUACUUGAUUUAUCUCAUAAUUUGCUCACAAUAGCGAUACCAUCUGAAGUUCAAAGUUUGAAAAAUCUACAAAAAUUGAAUCUUUCUCACAAUAGACUAUAUGGUUCUAUUCCUAAUACUUUUACAAUUUUGCGUAGUGGGAUUGAUAUCAACCUGUCUUUCAAUGAGCUCUAA